CCGUCUGGGAGCGCUGCUGCAGCAGGCGGUGGAGACGCGGGAGCCCAGCGUGGACCUGCUGGAAGCCUUCACCSAGCACUGGAAAGGCAUCACCGGCUACUACCUGGAGGCCACAGACGAGAGCACCCCGGCCCGACAGACGGACAUUCCCUGGCGCCUGCGGCAGAUGAGGGAUAUUCUGGUGUACGAGGAGCAGCAGCGGCCGGCGGGGGACACGGGGCCGUGCCUCGAGUACCUGCUCCAGCACAAACUGCUGGAAACGUUGGGCACGCUGGGCAAGGCGGAGUAUCCCCCCGGGAUGAGGCAGCAGGUCCUGCUCUUCUUCAGCCGCGUGCUGGGGCAGCUGCAGCACCCGCUCCUGCACUACCUCAACGUCCACCGGCCCGUGCAGGUGAGGCCACACCC